AUGUCAUGCCUGUGGAAGCUUCUCUUUGUGUUUUUGAUAGCUGUGUAUGGAUGCAAGUGCCAGCAAAAUGAUGAGCAAAAUCAAGCCAUUUUUCUUGCGGGUCCCAUGACCAACGAACAGGUGAAAGACCUGAAUGUUAAGCCUUCCGAAGGGGCACUGAUGGACACCUUUGACUGCACUCAUCCCAUACCUCCAGGUUCUAGGCAGUACUUUGAGUACCUCCAAGGCAGAGGGGUGACCCACUUCAAAGUGCCGCUGUCAUGGGCUCAGCUUCUACCUACAGGCCUUCCAAGCCAGCCACAACAAACUGUUCUUACCUGCUACCAGACCCUGCUGAAGCAGCUGGUGGAGGUGGGCCUUAAACCUCUGGUCAUCCUUCAUGGAUCAACAGUGCCAGAAGUUUUAAAAUCGAUGUAUGGAGGCUGGGAGAGCCAGGAGCUGAUCGAGGUGUUCCAGCAGUAUUCAGAGUUUGCGUUUAGAGAGUUUGGAGAGCUGGCAGACUCCUGGGUGACUCUGAGUCACUUGGAGGAGCUGAAGGAUGCUGAGCUACAAAACGCCCUCGUGGCACACACCAAUAUUUACCACCGUUACCAUCAGCUGUUUCCCAGGGGAGGUAGAGUAUCCAUUGGGUUAAAAGCUAGCAAAGUCCCAAUCAUCUCUAAACACUCAUAUUCAUCUCUAUUUCAGAAAAAAAUAGAUUUCCUGUCUAUUAAAAUUCAAUAUGACUGUACCACUGGAGGAAACCUCGCUGAGGAAUUGCAAAGUGUCAUGCAAAAGUGUGAAGAAAAACCCAUUCUUUUUUAUGAGGUGAACAUCAAGGACUGUUCUCCUUAUCAGUUUUUGUCUGAUAACAACAUUUUAAAAGUGCUGAGCAAUGUCAAUCAACAUGUUCUUGGAUUUGACAUGGUGGAUCUGUUGGGUCAAGCCGACAUCAUCUCAAAAAGUGAUGCCACCUACAACAGAAACAAUAUUCAAACAUCAUCAUGUUCCAUAACCUACUGCAAAACAUGGAAUAAUUUUGCCACCAUGACCUCAUAUGAACGAGACACCUUCCUGAAUGAGUCCUUUCCUGUUGACUUCCAAUGGGCCACUUCUAGUGAGUCCUUCAAGAUCGAAGGCGGUUGGUCAGAAGGUGGGAAGGGAGAAACCAUUUGGGACCGUUUUGGUCAUGAAAACAAGGUUUUUGAUAAUCAGACAGCUGAUCUAGCUUGUGACAGUUACCACAAGGUGGAUUAUGAUGUCUAUCUCCUGCGAGGUCUUCAUGUCAACACCUUCCAGUUUUCUAUCUCCUGGGCCCGUAUUUUCCCCUCAGGCCACCGAGACAGCCAAUCAGAAAGUGGGGCUGUCUACUACGACAAGCUGAUCGAUGCGCUCAUUGAGUCAGGCAUACAACCUGUUGUCACUCUCUACCACUGGGAUCUACCACAGACACUCCAGGACCAAGGUGGAUGGACCAACACUUCUAUUGUUGAAGCCUUCAAGGACUAUGCAGACUUUUGCUUCUCCAGGUUUGGAGACAGGGUCAAGACCUGGAACACAUUCAGUAGCCCCUGGGUGGUGAGCCACGCUGGGUAUGGAACUGGUGAGCAUCCCCCUGGUGUAAAGGACUAUGUGGUUGCCUCCUAUCAGGUCACUCACAAUAUGCUCAAGUCCCAUGCUGAGGCCUGGCAUGUCUACAAUGACAAGUACAGGACAAGACAAGGGGGAAAAGUGGGCAUUGCACUGAACUCUGACUGGGCUGAGCCCAUGGACCCCUCCAGACCUGAAGACAAAGCAGCUGCCGAUCGCUACCUGCAGUUCAUGCUGGGCUGGUUUGCACAUCCUAUAUUUGUCGAUGGAGAUUAUCCUGCAACACUAAAGACUCAGAUUGACCAGAAAAAGAAAGAGUGUUCCCACUCUGCACCUGCCGUCCUCCCAGUUUUCACUGCUGAAGAGAGCCAGAGGAUACGUGGAACAGCCGACUUUUUUGGAUUAAACCACUACACCUCCCGGUUGGUCAACAACAGUAAUGGUGGUUGUACACCUGGUCCUCAUGGGGUGGGUGACUUCAAGGCCCAUGUGGACCCAUCAUGGUCCUCUACAGCUUCUGACUGGAUCUAUUCUACACCUUGGGGACUGAGAAAGCUUCUUAACUACAUUUCCACUGAGUACUUGAAUGUUAACAAAGUGCCCAUUUAUAUAACUGGGAAUGGUAUGCCGACAGAGUACAGUGGAGACACUCUCGAUGACACCAGUAGAAUAGAGUACAUGAGGAGUUACAUCAAUGAAGCACUGAAAGCUAUACAUUUGGAUGGAGUAAAUGUGCAGCGGUUUACUGUCCAGUCACUCAUGGAUGGCUUUGAAGGUCCACAAGGCUACAGUGAAAGAUUUGGUCUUCACCAUGUCAACUUUGAUUCACCAGACAGGCCCAGGACUCCAAAGCAGUCUGCAUAUUUCUACUCUCAGAUUAUCCAGAAAAAUGGCUUUGGAUCACACAAGGGUGAUGUUUUUAAAGGGGUAGAGAUGCAACCUCACCACCGUUCAACUGCUUUACCACCCUCAGAGGUUCCAUCUAAAUCAAAGGUUGUCUGGGAGAAAUUCUCUCAUCAGUCGAAAUUCCAAAGAAAAAUGUACCACCAUGGCACUUUCUCACAAGGCUUCAGUUGGGGAGUAUCAUCCUCAGCUUACCAGAUUGAAGGUGGCUGGAAUGCUGAUGGGAAAGGACUGAGUGUCUGGGACACUUUCACAAAUAAAUCUGGCAGUAUCCCUGCUGAUGCCAAUGGAAAUGUGGCCUGUGACAGUUACCACAGACUUGAAGAGGACCUCUACAUGCUGCGAGCUCUGAAGGUGAAGUCAUACAGAUUCUCUUUGUCCUGGUCCAGAAUCUUUCCUGAUGGUCAGCGUACUUCCCUGAACCAGAAAGGAGUUGACUAUUACAAUAGACUCAUUGAUGGCCUGUUAGCGUACAACAUUACCCCCAUGGUAACACUCUACCACUGGGACCUCCCUGAGGCUCUGCAAAAGCUUGGUGGCUGGGACAAUGUUGGUAUGAUUGACAUUUUUAAUGACUUUUGUGACUUCUGCUUUGCCACCUUUGGAGACAGAGUGAAAUUUUGGAUGACCUUCAACCAGCCUCAUACUAUUGCAUGGUCGGGAUAUGGACUUGGACAGAUUCCACCAAAUGUUAAGAAUCCAGGAACUGCACCAUACAAAGUUGCACACAACCUGAUAAAAGCACAUGCUAAAGCCUACCACACGUAUGAUAAUAAGUAUCGCAAAUCCCAAGGUGGUCUGGUAUCCAUUGCUCUCAAUGCUGACUGGUUUGAACCUAAAGAUGUCAAUGUUCCCCGUGAAGUAGUGACUGCUGAUCGUGCUCUGCAGUUCCAACUGGGUUGGUUUGCACAUCCCAUUUUCAAGAAUGGCGACUAUCCAGAUGCAAUGAAGUGGCAAGUUGGAAACAAAAGUGAACUCCAAAGUAUUUCAGAGUCAAGACUACCUUCCUUUACUGAAGAAGAAAAGAACUACAUCAAGGGGACUGCUGACAUGUUCUGUGUAAAUCAUUACACUACAAAGAUAGUAAGUCCUGUCACAGCUCAGCUUAAACCUCAGUCAUAUGUAUAUGAUCGGGAUUUGUCAGAAGCAGAGGAAGGUGAUUCCCCAACUACUGACAUCGGCAACCAGAGAGCUGUACCAUGGGGCUUAAGAAGACUACUAAACUGGAUCAAGGAAGAGUAUGGAGAUCCAGAUAUUUACAUUACAGAGAAUGGAGUAGCUACGAACACCAAGACUACAGUUGAUGACACAGUCAGAAUAUUUUACUACAAAAGCUACAUCGAUGAGGCUUUAAAGGCUCAUAAUCUUGAUGGCGUGAAGGUGAAAGGAUACAUAGCAACAUCUCUCAUGGAUUCUUUUGAGUGGCUUCAUGGGUACAUAUUUGGAUUUGGGCUGCACCAUGUGGACUUCACUAACCCAAACCAACCAAGGACACCCAAACGCUCAGCUCAUUAUUAUUACCACAUCAUGAAGGACAAUGGUUUCCCUUUACCAGAUGAUGAGAAGAUACUUUACGGACAGUUUCCCACAGGUUUUAAUUGGAGUUCUGCAAGUGCUGCUUUCCAGAUUGAGGGGAGCUGGAGAGCUGAUGGAAAAGGAUUCAGUAUCUGGGACGAGUUUUCCCAUACUCCAUCGAAAGUGGCCAACUAUGAUAAUGGCGAUAUUGCUUGUGAUAGUUACAACAAAAUUGACGAAGAUGUGGCAGUCCUGAAGAAGCUGAAGGUGACCCAUUAUCGUUUGUCCAUAUCCUGGCCCCGUGUGCUUCCUGAUGGCACCAACAGCCACAUCAAUGAGGCUGGACUGAACUACUACCAUAGAUUACUGGAUGCUUUGUUAGCUGCUAAUAUUCAGCCCCAGGUGACCCUGUACCACUGGGACCUUCCCCUGGCUCUGCAAAAAGUGGGUGGCUGGGAGAAUGAGACCAUUGUCCAAAGAUUCAGAGAUUAUGCUGAUGUUUUAUUCAGCCAAUUUGGAAGCAGAGUAAAGUUCUGGAUCACUCUGAAUGAACCCUACAUUGUAGCCAACCUUGGCUAUGGAGUUGGUAAUUUUGCUCCAGGGAUUACAGGUAAGGAGUAUAUUGCAGCUCACAACCUGAUCAAGGCCCAUGCUGAGGCCUGGCACCUUUACAAUGACAAAUACCGUGCAACGCAGGGUGGUCUCAUCUCCAUUACGGUCAAUUCUGAUUGGGCGUGGCCACAGAACCCACACAAGCAAGUGGAUGUUGAUGCAGCCGAGCGCUACUUGCAGUUCUUUCUUGGCUGGUUUGCCCAUCCCAUCUUCAACGGGGAUUAUCCUGACGUAAUGAAAACAAUCGUCCGUGAAAGAAGCCUUGCUGCAGGUCUCCCUCAAUCACGGCUUCCUGAGUUCACUCCUGAGGAAGUUAAGAGGAUCAAAGGGACUCACGAUUACUUUGGCCUCAAUCAUUACACAUCCGUUCUCUCAUUCCCCAUAAACUAUGGAAAUCUGCAGACUUAUGAAGGAGACAGGGGUGUUGGAGCCACCUCAGACUGGACAUGGCUUGAAUCUGGCUCCAUCUGGCUACGGAUCACUCCAACUGGAUUUAGGAAACUCCUCAAGUUUAUCAAGGAUGAGUAUGGAAACCCGCCUAUCUAUGUUACAGAGAAUGGGAUCUCAGAACAAGGAGCAGUGGACUUGAAUGACAUCCACAGAAUAUACUUCUAUGAAAACUACAUUAACCAGGGCCUGAAAGCCCUUGUUCUGGAUGGAGUUGAUCUGAGAGGCUACACAGCCUGGUCAUUAAUGGACAACUUUGAGUGGGCUUCUGGCUACGCUGAAAGAUUUGGACUAUUCUACGUGAAUCACUCUGACCCCACUCUUCCUCGCAUCGCUAAGAACUCAGCUUCUCGCUAUGCCACCAUCAUCGCUUGCAAUGGCUUCCCAGACCCGGCUCUCGGGCCCCAUGAGUGCUUGAAGCCUGAAGCUGAAGUUGGUGGUACAAUUGUCCCUAUUCUGCCUCUGAACAUGGUGGACUUCUUGGGUCUGGAGCUGUCAUCUCAUGACGCUGAGGUGGCACUUUAUGUCAUCUUUGUAUUCCUUCUUGUAAGUGUUCUUGGUAUCGUCUCUGUUGUAUAUUGGUUCCAGAAAGCAAUAAAGAAGUCAAAGGAAGCAGCUGUAGAUACUGUUAAGAUGGAGAGACUGUGA